GGCUGAGUUGUCUGGAAGGGCCAGGGCGUGUUGCCGACGGGCCAUGAUCCGGAACGGGCACGGGGGGACAGGCGCCGAGGAGCGGCCGGGCCCCGGGGGCCGGCGCGCCGUGCGGGUGUGGUGCGACGGCUGCUAUGACAUGGUGCAUUACGGCCACUCGAACCAGCUUCGCCAGGCGCGGGCCAUGGGCGACUACCUCAUCGUGGGCGUGCACACCGAUGAGGAGAUCUCCAAGCACAAGGGCCCCCCCGUGUUCACCCAGGAGGAGAGAUAUAAGAUGGUACAAGCCAUCAAGUGGGUGGAUGAGGUGGUGGCCGCUGCACCCUACGUUACCACGCUGGAGACGCUGGACAAGUACAACUGCGACUUCUGUGUUCAUGGCAACGAUAUCACGCUGACUGUGGACGGCCAGGACACCUAUGAGGAGGUGAAGCAGGCAGGGAGGUACAGAGAGUGCAAGCGCACCCAGGGCGUGUCCACCACCGACCUCGUCGGCCGCAUGCUGCUGGUGACCAAGGCCCACCACAGCAGCCAGGAGAUGUCUUCCGAGUACCGGGAGUACGCAGACAGCUUUGGCAAGUGCCCGGGUGGUCGGAACCCCUGGACGGGGGUGUCUCAGUUCCUGCAGACGUCCCAGAAGAUCAUCCAGUUUGCUUCUGGGAAGGAGCCCCAGCCUGGGGAAACAAUCAUCUAUGUGGCCGGCGCCUUUGACCUCUUCCACAUCGGGCAUGUGGACUUCCUGGAGAAGGUGCACAGGCUGGCGGAGCGGCCCUACGUCAUCGCAGGCUUGCACUUUGACCAGGAGGUCAACCACUACAAGGGGAAGAACUACCCCAUCAUGAAUCUACACGAGCGGACCCUGAGCGUGCUCGCCUGCCGGUACGUGUCAGAGGUGGUGAUCGGGGCCCCCUAUGCAGUUACAGCUGAGCUCCUGGACCACUUCAAGGUGGACCUGGUGUGUCAUGGGAAGACGGAAAUCAUGCCUGACAGGGACGGCUCUGACCCAUACCAGGAGCCCAAGCGGAGGGGUAUCUUCUGCCAGGUGGACAGUGGCAGCGACCUCACCACAGACCUCAUUGUCCAGAGGAUCAUUAAGAACAGGCUAGAGUAUGAAGCACGGAACCAGAAGAAGGAGGCCAAAGAGCUAGCCUUCCUGGAGGCCUCAAGGAGGCAGGAGGCACGGCAGUCGGAGAGUGACUGUGACCUCUGACCCCAGGGGGGAGGUGGCCAGCCAUAGCCCUUGGCCCUCACCUGCUCUGCUUCCCAUGACUUAGGCCCCCGGCUUAGAGCCCCGCACGCCACUCCUUGAAGCCGAGAGGCCUUGUUCACGAGCCCUGUCCCCAGGCUGUCUGGAGGGACGCUGCCCCCAGCCACCUGCUCGGCCCCCUCCCUGCCGAGCUUUGCACAGAAGGCCUGGAGGCUGCAGUGGGAGUCGGGCAUCUUGGACCGGAGGUGCUGCUCCCGGUGCCAUAAUGCCAGUGUCUACUCUCACCCAGCUCUGGCCCCCCCAGAGGCUCCUGCAGAGCUGCUCAGCCCGGGACAGGCCUUGGUCGGGCAGGGGGACAGGGGCGCACCAGCAAGGUAGGGGUCUCCAGGGGAGAGGGCCGGUGCCACCCCUUUCCUCCUCCCAGCAGGCCCUACUCUGCCGUGCCCCGGGCUGGUGCCCCUCCAGGAGCCACCCCACUCACUACUCUGUACAGAUUUUCUAGUCUCAGUUUUGUACCUGACUCACUGUUGGCGGUGUCUAUGGUGCAGCUGAAUAAACCCCAUGGGAAGCUUCCUGUC